AUGGCUUCAGCGUCAAGUACAAGUGCACGUAGUUUAUUUAUUGAGUCAAAAAUGCGAUUAGCAGAUAAAGUUCAGGUAAACGUUAACAAUAUUGCUUCAUUAGCGCGACAAAUUCAACGUGGAUCAAAAAGUAGUGAGAUGUUAAUGCAAGCAGCUAAGACAUUUGCCCAACAAGAACAAGGUCUUGAAAAUGCGGAAAAUAAUUUGGAAAAAUUAGCUCUAAUUACAUCGCAUCUCGAAUGCCAAUUAACUUCAAUUGAUAGAAGCUUAGCGAAAUUAGAAGAUGUAACUGAGCAAGUUCGUGCAAUGCAACGAUAA